CAGUUUCCCAAGCAACGCAAACGCAGAAGCAACCUACUAGACCCACAGCCAAUAGGACCGAAGCCAGAGCAAUACGAGCAGCAGUAGCCAGCGACGAGUACGACGAGUCCACAGACCAAGACAGAACAAUAGAGAAAAACGGCGACACGAUACUGAGAAUUGCGAUAGCCAUAGCCAGGACACUGACUGAAGGCGGCACGAGUGAGUUGAGUCAGAACGAGUGUUCUGGUUACGCGAGCAGCAUGAAGCUGGAGAGCGAUAAGGAGAAGGAGAAGGAGAAGGAACGCGCAGAGAAGGAGCGACGUGCCGGCGAUCCGCCCAAAUAUCUGAACGAGGAAUUCUUCAAGGCUGCGCUGGAGGAUGGCCUGCGGGAUAUGCGUGUGGAUAUCAAGAAGAUUAUAUUCGCCGAGUCGAGUGGCGGCGGCGGUGAGAAUUACUGCAGCAAGAUCUAUAGGGCCAGGGCAUUGUAUCGCAGCAGCAAGCGGCAGCUGGACGAGGAGCUGGCGAUGAUUGUGAAGAGCAUUGCCAUCACGCCGGCCACCCAAUUCCUCGAGGAGCUGGCCGUCUAUCUGCGCGAGAAGAUCUUCUACUUCGAUGUGCUCGGCAAGCUGGAGGUGCUCAUUGGCGAUGGCUCCAAGUUUGGGGCCAAGUGCCUCUACACAACGCGCGAGCCCAUCCAAACGAUUGUCUUCGAUGACCUCACCCAGUAUGGCUACAAGCUGGCCAGCCGCCAGAGCGGCCUCAACGAGGAGCACUGCGUGGUGAUCCUUAAGAAGUUGGGCAAGUUCCAUGCCAGCUCCAUGCUGCUGGCCCAAAAGGAACCCUCCGUGGGUGAGCACUUCACCAGCGGCAUGCUGGACGAGAACUACAUAAGGACCAACGAGCGCUUCAUCAACUUCAUGGCCCUGCAGCUGCGCACGCUGGCCAAUCUGGUGGCCAAGUGGCCCGGCUACGAGCUGCUCUCGGACAAGCUGCAUCGCCACUGUGACAACAUCAAGGAGAAUCUGGUGACCACCGGCCGCUCGCUGCCCGGCGAGAUCACCGUCCUGAAUCACGGCGAUCUUUGGGUGAACAAUUUCAUGUACAAAUACGACGACGAGCAGCCCACGAAGCCCAUCGAUGCGAUCUUUGUGGACUUUCAGAACAGCUUCUUCGGCAGUCCGGGCUGCGACAUCAACUUCUUUCUUAACAGCAGCGUGCAGCUGGAUGUGCUCAUCCAUCGGCGCGAGUUCCUCAUCCAGACCUACUACGGCGCACUCCGCGAGAGUCUCGAGCGGAUGCACUACGAGUGUGUGCCCAGCUACACGGACAUAGAGCAGGAGAUUCGGGCACGCGAGCUCUAUGGCUUCUUCUCGUCGUACGCCUUCCUGCCGAUGGUCACCAUGAAGAAGGAGGACUCCUAUGACAUAAGCAUCGAGGCGCUGAGCGAUCCAGACUUCGCCAAGACAAAGGUGCAGCUGAUGUUCUCCUCAAAUCCCCGCACCACGGACACCCUGCGCUAUGCCCUGCGUCGCUUCGAUGAGCUUGGCAUAUUCGAUUGAUGCCAAAGAGAGAGAGAGAG